AUGGACAACGAGGACCCACUGGUGCAGGCCCUGCCGCCUGCAACUGAUUAUCUCACUUAUCUUACCCUCCUCGAAUACCAGCUCACCCCCAAACGUUUGCCGCUGCUGCACCGUUUGCUGCAGGAUGAGAAGCUUACAACCAACAUCGGCUGGGACCUGGUCAACCUCCUCCUGCCCAUGCUUCCAGCCUCUACAGAAUGCCUACAUGAUGUAGCCCGCCUGGGAAACCCUCGGGAAGUCAUCCUGCGGGUGUCAGAGGCAUUGAUGAGGCUUCAGCCGGAGGAUGAGGACGAGGACGAGGAUGAGCCCUGCGCAGAGAAGACUUCCACCAAUGCCGCCAAGCCUCUCCCCAAACAUAUUUUGCAGUUCAACUGCCUGCUUGCGAUGCUGUCGGUCCUCCAUGGUCGGAUUCAAACAAAGGCCCCCAGCCGCUUUAUCGCGACCUCCCUGCAGGCCGCGCUCGAGGCCUACGAGGCAAUGCCGUGCGACGAAACAACCCUCGCCUUCCUUGAGUUUUUCCGUGAUGUGUCUCCCAGCAAACGCCCAGCACCCCCUCCCAGAGCCCUCAGUGAAUCCAGCGUUCUCCGAGUUUCAGAAGCCUCAGCCCCCGAUCCAGAAGCCGAAACACCGGUGUCGCCGUCACCCACCAAGGAUAACGAAACACAACUGCUCCAUCGUUUCAUCCAGUUUGGCCUUCUGGAGCUGCUCAAAUCCUACCUGCUCAGCUUUUCCGGGCCCCUGGACCCGGGAAUGUCAUGGACGCUGCGCAUGCAAGAACAUUUACAUCCAAAUCUGCGACUGCCGACACAGUCGCUGACGGAUGCCUUCUCAAACAUCGAGGAGUUGAAAGAGCGGGAUAUGAUUAUGGGGAAGAUUGUGCUCGCGAUGUGGGGGUGGACAGCAACGAGCUUCUUUCAAUCGUCUCCAAAUCAUCUGACACGCAACCCCCACCUUUGGAUUUUGAAGAGCCCCCCAAAACUGCCAGUGAUAUUCCUCUUGAACGUCAUGGCUCACUUCUACUCCUGGCUGCGCGCCGCCGGCACCACACUUUUUGCAUCCGCCAACUCUAUGCCCUCGCUGUCGGUUUUCCCGGAUCUUGCACAGAUCUUCUCUAACUUCUUGGGAGAGCCGACCAACCUCGACGAAACUACUUCUGGGCAACCUCAGGUGCUACUCGAUGCCCUGCAGGCGUUGGCUGUCUUUGCCAUGCAAGGACCCAUCAAACCACCAGCCAGCGAGAUUGAGUUCAAGGAUUUUGUGGUUACAUUAACGGCCUGCACCGCCCGUCAGACCCAUGCUAUUGCCCGACAAAUUCCUGAAGCCGUGGUACGAAGCCACCCGGACCCAAAAACCCGGUUUAAGAUUAUUCGGACAAUUUUGGAGCAGGACCAGCUUCUCCCAGUCCGGGAUAGCGCUAUCUCAUGGCUGAGAGAAGAACUCCUCGGCGUCGAUUCAUGCAACACCGUCUUCCACGAUCCGCUCUGGUUCUGGUCCAUCUUUCCAAUGCUACUUCCACCCAUCGAUGUCGACUUUGAGACAAAACAUCUCGUCCAAAGCUGGGUUCGUUUCACCCAGACCAGAGGCCCAUCCCUCCAUUCCACCUUAAACCUCUACUACCUCCUGCUCUCUUCAAACAAACUUCGGGAUAGUCUGCAGCUUGAGAAGACCGCAAAGUAUUUCCGUUCACAAGUUCUAUCUCCGCUCCGGGAGUUGUUCCGCGCCAUCGAGGGCGACCUCACCUCCAAAGGCGGCGACGGUCUCAUCGAAGCUGCAGUCGGGGAGGAGAUGUGCCAGGCAGGCAUUGCACGAUCGGUUGGACUGAUCGGACUCACAUUGGACCAGAUUGAGGAGGUGUCUGACGAGCAUUUCGGGACGGAUGAGACUGAUUUGCAGGUAUAUUCGGACCAGGAUGAGGCUUUGGUGGCGGAUAUUAGGAAGAAGACGGACAGUUUGAGUCCGGCGUAG